GCUAUCUCCUCCUGUCAGUCAUCACUUUCAUCAGUCGAAUCGAACACAAGUUUAGUGAAGGUGAUUGUGAGGAAAAACACACAAAGUGCAGUAACUCCGCAAACAUCGAAUUAAAAGAAAAAUACUUUUCAAUCAGAUUGCUGCGGUGACGAGAAUUUUACAGGACUUUGCACAGUGAUUAUUGCUGCAAUGGAAAACCGAUAGGAAGGACGAUUAAUUUAUGGCCCCUGUGUGGAAUGAUCUAACACAACACUGACAGUAGCGUUUUCACCCAAAAGAGGGAGGUGGCGGAGCACCAGCAGCUAAGCAAAGUAAUUACUUUUUAAUCAAAUUUACUUUUGAUUGCUCCUCGGUUUUCUUGCGUUGAAGUGAUUUGGGCACUUUUUGGGGUAAAAAGUAGCUUUCGGUGAAAUCUUUUGGACAGCAAAGAAGAAAAUGUCGAACAAAAUAAACAACCCCAAAAGGCGAGAAGUGACUGGUUCGUCUUCAUCGAACUCCUCAAUUUCAUCGGUGGGCGCCGGAGACAGCGGAAUUUCUGCAGAUUUGGCUUCAUUGUUCGAGUGUCCCGUGUGUUUCGAUUACGUUUUACCGCCGAUUCUGCAGUGCCAAAGUGGCCAUUUGGUGUGCACCAGUUGCCGUUCUAAAUUGACCUGUUGUCCCACAUGUCGAGGAUCCCUUGGCAACAUUCGCAAUCUUGCCAUGGAGAAGGUGGCCUCGAAUGUGAAGUUUCCCUGCAAACAUUCGAAUCACGGUUGUACUGUAUCGCUGGUCUACACCGAGAAGGCAGAUCACGAGGAAGCUUGUGAGUUUCGUCCGUAUCUUUGUCCUUGCCCUGGAGCAUCCUGCAAGUGGCAGGGAUCACUGGACUACGUCAUGCCACAUCUGAUGAUGUCCCACAAAAGCAUUACUACAUUACAAGGUGAAGACAUUGUAUUUCUCGCGACGGAUAUCAAUCUGCCGGGUGCGGUUGAUUGGGUCAUGAUGCAAUCCUGUUUUGGUCACCACUUUAUGCUGGUGUUGGAGAAGCAGGAAAAAUACGAUGGGCAUCAGCAAUUUUAUGCGAUUGUCCAGUUGAUUGGAUCUCGUAAGGAAGCGGAGAACUUUGCCUACCGAUUGGAACUGAAUGGAAACCGGCGUCGAUUGACAUGGGAAGCCAUGCCGAGAUCCAUUCACGAGGGUGUGGCAAGUGCGAUCCUCAAUUCAGAUUGUUUGGUAUUCGAUACCUCAAUUGCACAGUUAUUCGCGGACAACGGAAAUCUUGGAAUUAAUGUGACAAUUUCCGUAGUUUAAAGAAGAUUCCGGGGUCUCUUGGUUUUUGUUGACCAACAUACUACUUUAAUCUUUAAUAUGGACAUUAAAUUAAUUUAUCAGCCGUAAAAUCAUGCAUGCACAUUUAUUACAAGAAUCUCGAAAAAAAAAACGUUAUUGUGGUAUUGAAAAACAUUAUCGAUCACGAAGCUUUGUCCUUAAAUAAUCUUUUUGUUUAAAUCACCAACACUUUGGACAUUUAAUUCCCAGUCAAAACAGGCAUCACGAAGAAAAACAGUUUGCCUUGAUUAUUUUCAAAUUAUGCGAAAUUACAUUGACAUAAUUGACUAACAAAAAUGAUAGGAGCAAGUUAUGUCGCAGUUGAGCUGUAAUGCUAUGAGAAAAAGAUGAAUUUUCAUUAUAAUAUUGACUAUUUAGUACAUAUAUGCAGUUCAGUAUCGAUAGGUUUUAUCGACAAAUCAACGCGUUUAAGAUUCCACCCUUUAAUUGAAUCUAUGCGUACACAGAGCAGAAAAUGUGUCCCAUGAUAAAAUAGAGACAGUGCGAAUCAAAUACGAUAAAGCAGUUUUUUUUUUCGGACGCGUGCAUAGUAGCUGGUAGUGUCAAGAUGUAAAAUUUUCAGUCAGUAAACAAAUUUUAUUGGAGUAAUCGAUGA